AUGUACGGCGGAUACGGUGGAUAUGGUGGAUAUGGCGGUGGUAGUUCAGAAAUGAGAUCUGAUAUGUGGAUUCAACAAAAUAUUCCCGGUGGAUUAAACAGCAAUAUGGGUGAACGAUUGGAUAACUAUAUGGGUGGAAAUACAAAUCCAACAUACGGUCAAGUAUAUGGUGGUGCACCAGGUGUUGGAGGUUAUGGUGGUGGAGGUUAUGGUGGUGGUUAUGGAUAUUCAUAUGGAGGAUAUUAA